GCCACCAUCUGUCCCACCAUCCCAGCCAUGGCAGGAAGCUCUAACGUGCCCCACAAGACCUCACUGCCCGAGGGUGUCAGAGUGGGCACCGUGAUGAGAAUCCGUGGUGUUGUCCCCGACAAAGCUGGCAGGUUUCAUGUGAACCUGCUGUGCAGCGACCAGGAGGGAGCCGAGGCUGCCCUGCAUUUCAACCCCCGGAUGGACCAGUCGGUGGUGGUCUUCAACACCAAGGAGGGGGGAACCUGGGGCAAGGAGGAGCGAGGCCGUGGCCUACCCUUUCAGCGUGGGCAGCCCUUCGACUUGUUCCUCAUCGCUGCGCCAGAAGGCUUCAAGGCGGUGGUCGGGGACUCGGAAUUCCACCUGUUCCGCUACCGCAUCCCGGCGGAGCGCGUGCGCCUGCUGGAGGUGGGCGGCGACCUGCAGCUGGAGUCGGUGAAGGUCUUCUGA